AGUUUCCAAGUGAAUUGCUGCUUGGCUCGAGCUCUCGUUCCUUCUCUCCUCCGGGAAAUGAUGAGGUGAUUCGGAGCACCAACAAUGGGACCGAGCAUGUAUUGAUGCUUGCCACGCAGAACCUAAACUCCAAAGCAACCCUGGACCUUCAGAACGUGGAGGAGAAGUAACUCCAAAACGUCUCGCUGUUUCAAGGAUGUUCUUCCCAGAUGUGCCUCUCUCAGCCAUCAAUUACGCGCUCGUGUUGGGAAUAACGUGUCUGACGGUCUUCUGCAACUUCACCAAAAGUUCCUCUGAGUUUUCAGGUUACCUAUCCAAAGUGUUGAGGAACUACACCGAGCAGGCUUGUGACGGCGACUUCCUGUCGGUCCGCUGCCCGCCCCGCACCACCAUCACCGUCCAAUCGGCUUUCUACGGCAGGAAAGGCCCCUCCCACCCCCAGCAGUGCCCGUCCUACCAGAGAUACACCCUUGUAGGGACACACCCACUGGAGGAUGACACAUAUUGUUACAUGUCCACUGCACUACAGAAAAUGUUGGAUGAGUGCCAGGACAGGAGGAUCUGUCAGGUCCUUGUCAACAGUCGUCUCUUCGGGAUGGACCCGUGCCCCAGUAGCAGCAAAUACCUCAUUGUGUGGUACAAAUGCAUGCCUAAUGAGUAUAAGAGUACGGUGGUGUGUGAGGAGGAGAGGAUGAAGCUGAGCUGUAAACAAGGGAUGCAGAUCGCCGUCUACUCUGCCAUGUUUGGUCGAACCCAACAGGGGACCCUGGAGUGUCCUACCCACCACAGGGCACCCUCCGUAGACUGCCAGUCAGGCGUGGCUCUCCAAGUGCUGAUGGCCCGUUGUCAGGGGAAACGGAGCUGUUUGGUCCGGGCAUCCACGCGAGAGUUCGGGGACCCCUGCUACUCAGGCACCAGGAAAUACCUCAGUGUCAUCUACACCUGUGUCCCAAAGAAUUUGCUGCAGCAGGUGCCCAGCCCCAGAGUACCAGAGUUUUACCCCCCACCGCCCGGGGCCCAUGACCCAAACGUGGUUGGAGACAGUGCUCCCCCUGAUGAGACGUCAGGCAUAACCUCUGACACUGUGCUCUCAGUUAUCCCUUCAGGCAAGAAGAAGCGAGGGAGAGAGUCAGGCUCCUACUCUGGGGAGGUGAAGACGAACGAGGAAGGAGUGGAGGAGAGCGCCCCCCAGCCUCCGGACAUGAACCCUGUAAUCAACUCUACGACGGGCAGCACCAACAUGGCCCUCAUCAGUAGCACACUGGCAGCCUACAACUACAUAGCAGACCACCCAGAGCGUGCAGCUCUCUACUUCCUGUGUGGCGUGUGCCUGGGCCUCUUCUUUACCCUCUUUGCUCUGGUCGUCCAGAUCUCAUGCCGCACCGACUGCCAACCCCGUCGUCGCCCCGGCACCACCACCAAGAAGCGUCCGCGGCCCUCCGACUCCUCAUCCGACUCCAGAGACUCCGACUCCGACACCACGUCAGACCUGUCGGCCCGCCGCCACCGCCGUUUCGAGCGCACUCUCAACAUGAAUGUGUUCACAUCAGCGGAGGAGCUGGAGCGUGCUCAGCGGCUGGAGGAGAGGGAGAGGAUCAUACGAGAGAUCUGGAUGAACGGUCAGCCGGACAUACCCGGGACGCGCAGCCUCAACCGCUACUACUGAGGCAGGACUGUAAAGGAACCUCUACUAGAUCUAGAAAUGGGGGGGCUGUGAAGGUUGGAGCGCAGUACUUGAGAUGGGAUGUGUAGGACCACAAAUGGACCUCUGGGUUUUGGGAAUGGGGCCCCAUGACCUGACGGGGACCUGCGAAGGUUUGGAACCCUCUGUCUGGGUAUCUCCCUCUGUCAGUCUGUCUGUGUCCAUAUGGGUACUCUAGACCAGGGCUGCCCAACCCUCUUCCUGGAGAUCUACUGUCCUGUAGGUUUUCAGUCCAACCCUCUUCCUGGAGAUCUACUGUCCUUUAGGUUUUCAGUCCAACCCUCUUCCUGGAGACCUACUGUCCUGUAGGUUUUCAGUCCAACCCUCUUCCUGGAGACCUACUGUCCUGUAGGUUUUCAGUCCAACCCUCUUCCUGGAGAUCUACUGUCCUGUAGGUUUUUAGUCCAACCCUCUUCCUGGAGAUCUACUGUCCUGUAGGUUUUCAGUCCAACCCUCUUCCUGUAGACCUACUGUCCUGUAGGUUUUCAGUCCAACCCUCUUCCUGGAGACCUACUGUCCUGUAGGUUUUCAGUCAAACCCUCUUCCUGGAGACCUACUGUCCUGUAGGUUUUCAGUCCAACCCUCUUCCUGGAGACCUACUGUCCUGUUGGUUUUCAGUCCAACCCUCUUCCUGGAGACCUACUGUCCUGUUGGUUUUCAGUCCAACCCUCUUCCUGGUUACCUACUGUCCUGUAGGUUUUCAGUCCAACCCUCUUCCUGGAGACCUACUGUCCUGUUGGUUUUCAGUCCAACCCUCUUCCUGGAGACCUACUGUCCUGUUGGUUUUCAGUCCAACCCUCUUCCUGGAGACAAACUGUCCUGUAGUAGGUUUUCAGUCCAACCCUCUUCCUGGAGAUCUACUGUCCUGUAAGUUUUUCGUCCAACCUUAAUUUGGCGUAUCUGAUUCAGCUAGUUAAGAUCUUGUUGAGUAGCUAAUUAGUAGAAUUAGAUGUGUUAAAUGAGGUUUGGACUGAAAACCAACAGGACGGUAGAUCUCCAGGAAGACGGUUGGUCAGCCCUGGUAUAGAGUAAAGACCCCUCUUUUUUUGCAGUGAGAAUAAGCUCCUCCUUGUCAGCAUGGUAAACUCGACCGGAGCCCGCCUGUCAUUGGUGGAGGCUGAAGGUGGAAGGUCAUUUAACUGCACAGCCUCGCAUUUGACCUCCUCACACCCUUCUGAAGUGGAGGAUCUUGGGAUACUUAGGCUGUAAAGCCUGAAAGGUGAUUUAAGGACAGUUGCUAAUGUUACUCCACUGUUGCCUAGUGGAUACUGAGAAUUGGGCAGCUUGCUUCAUGCUCACUCACCCUUCAGUAUUUAAAUGGGUGAAUGGUUUUCGGGGAGGCAUAGCACUUACAGUGAAAUGUACAGCGUAACACUUAAGAGGGAAAUGACCACGUUCAACCGACGCUGCCUUUAAAACUUUGAACUCAAAAUGUGUUUGUUUUUUUGGAAUUCAUCUCAAACCCUUUAUGAAAUGUAUUUUAUAUAAUAUUUAAAUAGUCUUUUUUGUUAUUGUGUAUUUUUUUCUUUACAGUUAUUAUUGUGAAAUAUUUUUAUACUGUGGCGAUUGAAGCUUGUCUGGCACCUCAGGGAUGCAAUCCUAGGUGUAUGUCCAAACUGGCACCCUAUUUGUUUUAUAGUGCACUACUUCUGGCUAGAGCUCUAGUCAAAGGUGGUGCACUACAUAGGGAAUAGGGUGCCAUUUUGGACAGAACCCCUAGUUUUUCUGUGUAUGGUCGUUUCUAUUUGCUUCCUAAGAAGGGGAUCAGGGCCUGCAUUUAGCAAGUGUCUCAAGAGUAUGAGUGCUGAUCUAGGAUCAGGUUAAUACCUCUCCCUCUGUCCAUGUCAUCUUGUUCAUUAUGAUCUAAAAGGCUAAACUGAUCCUAGACCAGGACUCUUACUCUGAGACUUUAUGAAUUCAGGCCCAGUACAAUGCUCUAGAUGUGUCAGCAUAAAAAAAUAUAUAUAUACAACAAAUACAAUGUAAACUCAGAGGUCAAGUGAUUUAAUAAGCUUGUUUUUUAUAUGUUAUAAUAUUCACAGUGCAGUGCCUUACCUGGCAACAAGGAUGUAUAUUGGUGGAAAGGAAAACGCCAGUCACCUGAGUCAACCAAUCAUUAUGAAUUUAUGAAACAAUCAAUUCCAAUCAUGUUUAUUUCCAUGUUUCUCAUGUUAUGUUUCUCACUUUGUCAAACGGGCUUGUGUGUGUGUUAUCCAUGUUUAAAUGGUGAGGCAGGUCCCAGAUAAUGUUGUGCUGUGUCAUGCCAAUGGCCAUAAAGACUUGAUAAGACAGUAAAACAGAUCUAGGAUCAGCUAGGAAAUGGCUCAAAUCUAUGUGCAUUUUUUCAAAUACAUUGCACUUGUUAUCAUGUAGGAAUGUAUGUACAGUACAGAACACAAUCUCUUCAAUCGUCUACCAGUGAAAUAGCUUCCAAAUUAUUACUGUGGGCAGCAAGACUAGUGUUGUCCCUCAUGGGACACCAUAGGGCUAUCUGUCAGGUUUAUUGUAAUGACCAUGUUGUUAAUAUAAGUUAUAUUCAUCCAGUUCUGUUGCACUGGGUUGAACUAUAGGUAUCAUGGUUUAUUAUAAGAAGUUUGGGAUUUUCUUGACUGAGAGGGGAGUUGAGAAUGCAGUGAAUAAUCUUCACUUCAACUGCAAUCAUUUAAAUGGUUUUAUAUUGAAAAAGCUUUUGCAUUUCAAUGGGACAAAACAAUAUGGCAAUAGCUGGUGAGACCAAAUAUGACUCCUUUGCUUGGAAUAAACUGUGUUGAAAAU